UUGAGGAGCCCGUCUUCGCCGUCCGACGGUUAUAAAAGGUUUAGUGAUGAUUUCGCAAACACCAGCAUCAACAAUUACGGCUCGAACGUCACAAGUAAACGAGAAGCUAUGAUUAUUAUAUGCACAGUAGCCGCCAGAAUAUGUGUACGCUUUUGUUGUAUUAACAAUACAUUUUGUGAUUCAUUUAACAUUUUGUUUUAAUUUAUUUCACCUUGUUUCGAGCAUUAACUAUCUAUAAUCCAUUCAUAUGUGGUCCAGAGAAAUCGAUUAACUGCUACCCUGAUGCCUAAACUGAUUUCUGACGCACUGGAAUGACUCAUAAGCUUCAUAAACUACCUAUGCAUAAAAUAAACAGUAGGUAUAUUGUGAGCUUGCCCUAAAUCCUGGUAGAUGAAGCUUUCGAAGCCUAUUCUUUCUAAACCCUGCACGUAUGUUAGUAGCUGCUUGUCUUGCAUGGCGAUAAUAAUAAAUCGAGAUUUGUGUGUCUUUAAGUAAUAAUAAUUACGUUUAUAAUAAAUACGGUGAUCGUCGCAAGUUUCCGUAAAAAAAUAAGAGUAAAUAUGUAUGUAUAAGUAUUUAAAUCUCAUUGCGAGAUGUAUCUUGAAGAGUAAGCAAAGUGAAAUACCCAUAAUCUAGAUAUUAAUCCAGUUUUAUCUAGUAUGUUCAAUUGCUACUGAUUGGCUUAACUAGAGUGAUCCUAUUUGUACCACUAUCAAUAUAAUAAACAUUUGUGUUAUGAUAACUGUAGUAUCAAAAAGGUUGACAUCUCUGAAAAAUACUACAUAGGUAGAUUAACCUAGGUAUGUACGCAAAAUAAGCAUAAAAUCAUUGUUUGUUUGACAAUAUUUUUUUAGAAAUUGCGUAAUUUCCAUUCACGAAUAAUACUUACGAUAUUUUGUGUGCAUGCUACUUACGUCCUGUAAACCUAGGUAUCAAUAAUCCCGACAAUGCGUUUUUUUGUCGGAAAUAAAAAGUUAAGUUAUCAAUAAAUUAACAUUGUAAACUUCCUUAUAUAGAAAUUUGCCUAUCAUUUACAAAAAAUUCGUAUAUACCGCCUCUUUGCUAAAAAUUCUAAUCGCGACCUGUAUCAAAUACAUGGCUUGUAUCACAUCGAUACAUUAUCAGUUUAUCAACCACUUGAUACCUCUUGUCAAGAAGUCUGGGGUUAGCAAUAUUUGGUUGACGUAUGAAAUUUAUUUGCAAAUGGAAAGUGUCAUUCUCUUUUCUGAACCCUGUGGUUUUUGGUAAUAAGCUACUGAAAUGCAAGUCUUGAAUUCGAUCUGAAAAAAAUCGAAAUAUUGUAUAGGUACCGACUAGCUAUUUAUUUGUAUAUACCAACUACCAUGGAUACCAACUAUGACCAAAUAAGCCACGUCAGGACAAGGUUAUGGCAAAGAAAAAUUCAGAAAAAACGAAACCUAAAGAAUGCCUUCUUAUUACACAUUUACAAUAAUCUAUAGGUUAGAGUUAGCUACAUACUGCAUUUACUAUUAAACUACAAAUUUUCAAUGAUUACUAACUCCCCGAAUGUUUUCAACAACUGGCGUGAUUUUGCUGUCUGAAAUUCUGAAUGAUUCUCUAUCAUGAUUCAGUGGUCGACAGAAAAUGAUUGUUUUAACGUGAAUAAAUAAGUGUUGUGUGUGAAAAUGUCGAAAGCAGUGUUAAGUGUUACGGAAACAGUGUAUUACUCUUUUAAGGAUCAUUGGUAUAAACUAAAGUCAUAUACGCGAACUGGCACAGAUGGCGCUGGCGACUCCGGAACCCUGGACAUGGGCAGCAGGUCCUCGCUGCACACUGGACUCAACAUGUCUGAGGACGAGCAUUGGGAGAUGAACUACCAUGAAGCGGCCAUUUAUUUGGAGGAAGGCUUAAACAAUGAGAAGUUCGACUCACAUCCGUCGAGCCCCGAGGAGUUGCCGGCGUACCUGAGGGUGCACAACCCCUGGUAUCACGGCCUGGAUCUGCUAGCCUCACUAGUCCUCAUCCUUCUAGCCUUCACCGAGGACCCCGCUGUGCCUACCUUUGAGUUACCAGUUUGGGCGCACGGGACGAUAGAACUGCUGGCGUUAACGGUGAUUGGCGUGGAGCUACACUUGAAGCUGAAGUGGAUCGGCUGGGGGACCAUACUCAAGCACAAGCGGACCAUGAUUAAGGGUAUAACGUUACUGAUAAUGGUGCUGGAGGCGGUGGUGGUGCUGUGCCGGCAGUCCUCGCACUUCCGGGUGACGCGGGCGCUGCGCCCCAUCUUCCUGGUGGACACGAGGCACUGCGGAGGCGUCAGGCGGUUCAUCAGACAGAUCCUGCAGUCGCUACCACCUAUUAUUGAUAUGUUAGGGUUACUAAUGUUCUUCGUGGCGACAUACUCCCUGCUCGGCUACUAUCUGUUCUCGGAGCACGUGGAUAACGGACACUUCCAGACCAUCAGUGAUUCAUUCGUCAGCAUGUUCGUCUUGCUCACAACUGCCAAUUUCCCAGACGUGAUGAUGCCUUCAUAUGCCAAGUCCAAAUGGUACGCCGUGUUCUUCAUACUCUACAUCAUCACAGUGUUAUACGUGCUUAUGAACUUGAUGUUGGCCGUGGUAUACGAGACCUUCACCCGCAUCGAGCGUGAGAAGUGCCGCGCGCUGCUGCUGCACCGGCGCCGCGCCGCGCGCCACGCCUUCCGCCUGCUCGUGUCGCGCCGCGCGCCGCACGCCGUCAGGCUGCGACACUUCGCGGGGCUCAUGAGGCAUUAUGCGCCUCAUUAUAGUGGCUUAGACGUGUACCUGAUGUUCAAGCAGCUAAACCAGUCAUCCUCCGGAGGGCUCUCCCGCAGCGAGUUCGCGAAUCUGUACGAAGUGUUCGCGCUGCGCUGGGCGGGCCAGCAGUCGCGGGCGCCAUGGUACUCGCAGUCGCCACUGGAGCCGAUUGGCAGGGCGGCGGCUGCGGCCGUCAGGUGGCCAUACUUCGAGUAUCUUAUCUAUGCCCUGAUAAUUGGUAACGGCGUGGCGAUGGUCCUGCGCGUGUGCGAGGCGGCUGGUGACCUGCAGGACAGCGCGCGCCUGUUGUGCGCCUCCUGGGACACCUGGCUGUUCCUCACGUUGUUCCUGAUGGAGGCGGCACUCCGUAUGAUGGCGUCAGGGCUGGCGGUGUACCUGGAGAGCGGCUGGAAUGUCUUCGAUCUGAGCGUGACGCUGCUCGCGCUCAUGGGCGCUGUGCUGCUCAGCAUCGCACCUAAACUCUUCAUCGUUGUGAUCUUUAGGCCUUUAAGACUGAUGCGUCUCUACAAGUUGAAGAAGCGGUACCGAGACGUGUUCGGCACGCUGGUGCUGCUGUCCCCUCUCAUGUCUUCCGCCGGCUGCGUCAUGCUCGUCAUGUACUACUUCUUCGCCAUCAUUGGCAUGGAGCUGUUCGCAGGAUACGAUUUGAGAAAUUGUUGUGUUAACACCACCGUGGAGGACUUCUACAAGUACUCGCUGAACAGUUCAACAGCCCUCGGCUACUACUACCUGAACAACUUCGAGAACAUCGUGACAAGCGGUGUGACGCUGUUCGAGCUGACCGUCGUCAACAACUGGUUCAUUCUCAUGAAUGCGUAUGCCACUGUCGCUGGGCAGUUCAGCAGGAUUUAUUUCAUGGUAUUCUAUCUAUUCACGAUGGUGGUGCUGACUAUCGUGGUGGCGAGCGUGCUGGAGGCGUUCCGGUUCAGAAUACAGUAUAAGCGCAGCACCAGCAAGAGAGAUGAGGAAAAGCUUCUGCACGAGGAAGUGCACACAAGUUGGGAGGAGGCGCAGAGGCUAGGAGCCAGCGGGGACCUCGCCGACGAACUGAGGCCGAACCUACCGCCUGGGGUAGAGGUAACGUUUAUUGGAUCUCGUCCACGAACGAAGGAGGUCCUACAGAGGAGGAUGUACCAGACUGACAUCCAGAAGUGGCUGGCCGAGGAGGAUGAGAAUGAGGGUCUUCCACCAUCAACGACAAUAACCUCAAGCGAGGAUCCUCUGUCCCCGCCUCUCAUCCACCAGCCCGACAGCGAGAACAACCACCAGAUGAGAACAGGGUACCAAUUGUAGAACUUAAUACAUUUAGCACUGUACCACAGGCUGAUGUUCAUCUGGGACGCGCUCAAGAGCUUAUGAUGGGCUAUCUGAGGAUGGGCCUUAAGCUGGCUACAAGCUUACAUAACACGAGGCGUUUCAAGAUCAGCUUUGCGGUACGUGCUAAAAACAAAUGAAUCUAAAUUCCUACAAAGGAAUUGACAGCUUCACCGGAUUUGACGUUUAAUUGCAGUGAAUUUUGUGAAUGUAUCCGAACUUUUCCAUAGAUAAUUGUAACUUUUUUAAUGUAUGUGUGUCAGUGUACUUCAGUCCAAUUUGUUGUUAAAAAAAACAAGCAGUGGAGUUAAGGGGCAGUGAUUAAUCAAUAUAAAAAUCGUAAUUCUCACGUAGAAAGUCUUUAAAAAAAUAUAAAAGUAUUAGAUGGAUCCUUAACCCGCCAGCUAUUAAUACUCUGCCAGUUAGAAAUACCUGUAUUCGAAUAGCGUGAAUGUAUUAUCAUUAAGAUGGUUAGAUAACAGCUGUGAUAGAAAAUUGUAUAAUUGAAGGUUUAUGCGUACAUUAGAUAUGUAAAUAGAUAGUCUAGACUUGUCUGUUGAGUCUAGUAAUGUUUCUCGUAGCCGUAUUAUGCCGUGGUUGAGAUUACCUGGUCUUGUAUUACUAAUCUAGUAGAAAAGUUAUUUUUAUUGUAGGAAAUGUAUGAAAUAAGAUAAACUUAUUAAAAAUGACUAUCACACUUUGGUUGAUGUAAAUAAUUGUGUCUAUUACUUUAAUGUAGACUUUAUUAUGAACUUCUAACAAAGAGAUGGUGCUAUGCAUUAACAUUAAUGCUAUCUCUUUCUAACACCGAUUACUGUUAAUGUCUAAUUAUUUAUCUUGUGCUGAUCAUUAGUAUACAAUGAUCACCAAAGUAUAGUAGUGCGAAGAUAACUAAAAUAUGGUGAAUUAAUUACUUUCAAGUAUUAUUUUAAUACUAUUUUUGGUUGUGUAUUUUGUUUUGGUUGUAAGUUAAACAUUACCAAAUAAACAAGGCAUAGAAGUACACUCUAAUAUUAAUGUAAGAGAUUUUUUUUAUUUUUCAUCAAUUUAUUGUUUCAAUAAUGAUGACUGUAUAAUGUUAACUAGUGGAGUCAACAAUUAAAUGAUAUUAUAAUAAUAUAUGAAGCGCCUUCGUAGAUUUAGAUAGAUAAGAAAGCGAACAAAUAACGAAACGAAAUUAAAAAAGUACUAUUCACUGUGUAAAACUAUGGUUAAUUUACAAAAAAAUCCUAUGUUAUUCCAAUCAAGAAUUUAAAAUGGUAUAGGCCGAGGAUAUAAGACUUUUCAAAAUUUUCAAAUGCAAAAAAACUUUUUUUUUAAAGCCCUAGUGGACCAUUGAUCGAAUUAUCUAAAUGAUUUAAUUUAUUUAACCAAAUAAUGAUUUGUGAUUUAUUAUUUAU